AUGGCGGAACCUGAGUCUAUCGCGGUGGACCCGGACAUCUAUGCCAUCGAAAGCGCCUACUGCCCCGACGACUGGCAAUCGGAAACCACCUCUAUCGGAUCAACUAUAUAUCGAGGAAUGAUAGAGAAUGGCAGACGCAUUCCCGCCGAUGACGCGCAAUUUGAAGCAUAUGAAGCGGGACAUCUCGUUGCCCUCAUCCUAGAGGCCGAUAAUGACAACCCAUUCUUUCGGUCUCCCAUCGGCAGUUCGCCUAACCAUAUUCUGGAUAUAGGAACUGGAAAAGGCACCUGGGCUAUCCACCGUUCGCGGGGUCGACUUAUUUCCGCCGCCAGUCUCCUGGGUGCCCCCCAAUUGUGUCCUCGAAGUCGACGACGUCCUACAAGAGUGGACUUGGCACGAGAAAUUCGACUUGAUUCACAUGCGUAUUAUGAUCGGUUCUUUCGGCGAGUCGGAAUGGAGACGGGUUUAUCAGCAAUGUUACGAGUUAGUCCAAUGAUUCAAACCGACGAUGGGAGCUUGCCGCCCGACAAUAUCUUAAACGAUUGGGGCCCCAAUAUGCUGGGCUGUGGCGAUCGUGCCGGUCGCGGCAUCGACACCUUCGACACCAUGACUACCAAGAUCCAAGCGGCCGGAUUCACCAACGUCCAUCAAAAACAAUACAAAUGGCCUAUUGGGCCAUGGCCCAGAGACAAGGAACUGAAAGAGGCGGGUAUGGUCAAUCAUCAGCACUGGAACUCCGGUCUGGAAGGCUGGUGUAUGUGGUUGCUAACCAGAUUUGGCGCUCCCCAUCCUUGGAGCCAGGAGGAAGUCCAAGUGUAUGUGGCCAGGUUGAGGAAUGAGCUAUUGAACCCACGUUUUCACAUAUGGCACAGAGGACGGCGAGUGUGGGCACAGAAGCCAUUGACUCCCGAUACACCGACGAAUAAAUUCCCAUCAGGAGGGCAUCGUUAG